AAGUAGUUGAUGAGAAUUAUGGAGUUAACGAACCGAACAAUAGCGGGUUGACAUUUUGACUGGGAGAGGGAGAAAAGGGAUGCAAAAUAAAGUGAGCAUUCCAUUGUCAAGAAAAGACGGGAAAGCAUGUCGGAGCUUCCAGAUGAACUAUGGAGGAGAAUUCUUGAAUUGGGAGUCCAAACUUCCGCCAUUAACACUCAAUCUUUUAGCUUCAAAGACCUUUGUUGCAUCUCCGUCUCUUGUAAACGCCUUUAUCGUUUAUCGAAGGAAGAUUCACUUUGGUCCUCUUUACUCUCCGCCGACUUCCCUUCGAUUAUCUCCAAUACUUCCUCUUCUUCUUCAUCUUCUUCAUCUAAAGAAUUCUACAAAUCAUGGUAUGAGAAAGAUAAGGCUAGAAGAAUUGCGGCACAUAGACGAGCUGUUCUCAGAAUCGAGAGUCGGAUUGCUGAACAUUCUAGAAACAUUAAGGAUUUACAGGUGCGUUUGGAUAAAGAAACUCAGAAAAUGAAAUUAGCUGCUUCGGAAUUGUCGCAUUUACAAAAAGUCAGGCAAGCUUCAGUAGCUUUGAAUGUGUGGCAGCCAGAAAUAAUCCGAGGGAGACAAAAACAAAUGGUGGAGCAAUGUGCUGUUCCUGUUGAUUCACGUAUCAAUGCGCUUCAGAUGGAACUCAAGCUCUGUAAACAGCAUCUUAUAGUCUUCCAGAACACUUAUAGAGAUGAAAAGAAAAGGCUUGAGGAAGCAAAGGAAGUGUUAAUGUCAAUGAACUAUCAUCCUUUGCAAGAACUUGCAGUAAUUGAGAGAAAAGUUGGUGAUUCUAAUGCUAAGAGAAAGAAGUUGAAAUCUAACAUUACUGGUUAGACUUCCAUUAUCGCUUAACUUUUCUGAUUCAUUCAUGUAGCAAUCAACCUGGAUAUAUAUAUAUA